CCUGCCAAGAUGGCGGCUCAAACGUGCCUUAGACGAAUUCGUUUCACAUUCCGAAAACUUCCCUUCAGUGAGGUUCACUCUCGGUCUAAAGCAUUAACUUCAAAUUGUGGAACCAUUUCUUCGGUUCUAAGACCACCAUUUGCUUUUCCUUUGCGUAUUACAAGAACAAUGUGCUCGAAAAAAGAUGAAGAUUUUUCUGGUGAUGAAGAUGGAAAUGGGGAUCAUGAUGAAGUAAAACCCGCUAUUGUAUCCCUCAAUCAAGGACCUUUUGGUUGGAUUGCAAAGAAUUUGAAGCUAUUUUUACUAAAGACCAUAGUGGAUGAGGAAUUCGAUGAAAAUGAAUUUCUCAAGGGCGCCAAGCAAGCUUUGUGUGUGGUAUCUCAGCUACUGAACAAGGAACAGUACAGCCAAUUGCAGGGGAUAGUGUCUAAUGAACUAAUAGACACACUGAUGAGUAUGAAAGAUGAUAAAACAGUAAAGGAAGAGGUCUCGAUGAAAGAUAUUUUAUCAGCGAAUAUACAGAAAGUAAAACUCAGAAUAGAAACGGAUGAAACUGUAAGUCAUGGCAAAGGAUCUUUUGAGGUUGACAUAACAGUUGCCUUUGUGUGCACAAGAGGCAAUAGCAAGGAAACGUUUCAAAGGGAGCUUGGAAAUGUUAAGAUAAUUAAGUUAAAUAUUCCCAAGAUAGCAUAUUUAACUUUUAGAAAACGUCAUACUCUUGACAACGCUACUGGUUGGCAGGUGACAAGUAUUUAUUAUAUCUGAUACUUACAUGUAAACAUUUUUUAGUGUGGAUGAGAAAUUUGAAUACAUUGUUAUUUCAAAGAUCAUGUUAAUGUUAAGCAACACUCAUGAAUAAUGAUGUAAUUCAGUUCAUGCUUCUAUUAUUAGAACAUUUAUGCUUGAGGAGCACUGAAAGCUACAAAACCAGACAAUUGAGAGCACUCUUUUCCUGUUUUUAUUAUUAUUAUUAUUUUUUUUUUCACUUUAGAGACAAUGCAGUUUCUGAGAAAGCAAAUACAAUAUUAAGCCCUAAAAAUCUUGUUUAAGGUGAUAGUAUUAGCAGAUUACCUCCUAACAACUUCUGUUAUCAGCAAUGUCUGUUUGGUAAGCCUUCUUUUGGUUUCAUAGCCCCUUGAAACAACGAUAAAUUCUGUGCAACACUGUGUUACAAUUUUGCCAUCUCAGUUCUCUGGAGUUAGAACUCUCUCAGUGUAAGGGAGUAUCACUGCCACUAGCUCACCACGUAAAAGAUGUGUUCCAGUCGUUCACUUAGUAAAACGAAUCGCGAUAGUAAACUGCGCUAAUUAAACAAUAGAGUGUUUCUGUCGAGCAACUAUUGGCUGAUAGUUGCCCU